GAGUAUGAACACUUGAUUGAUGAUGAAUGGAAUAAAUUUGAUAAUCUAGAAGAAAUGAGUGCUGAAUGGAUUUACACAAAAGAAAAUGGUUUUAUGCAAAAAGAAGAUAAAAGAAUCAUCUUGUAUCUUCAUGGUGGUGCUUAUAUUAUGUGUAGUACUGGAUCUCAUCGUGUCGUCACCUCGAAAAUUGCAAAAGGUGCCGAUGCUCAUGUCUUCGCUCCACAAAAUCAAUUUCCUGCAGCCCUGCAUGAUGCACUAGCUGCUUAUUUAUAUCUCACUAACCCGCCAAAAGAUGCUGGUUUCAGUGCUAUUAAUCCUAAACAGAUCGUUAUAAUGGGUGAUAGUGCUGGGGGCGGUCUUACCAUUGCUACUUUACUCGCACUACGUGAUAGUGGUUUGCCGAUGGUUGCCGGUGCUGUUGGUUGGUCGGCAUGGGUUGAUCUGACACACAGUAUGCCAUCCAUUUUAAGAAAAGAAUGCGAUAAAUACGAUUACCUUCCAGAUUCUACUUUACAAUUUCUUCCUUCUCAAGCUCAAAACCAAUACCUCGAAAAAUCCGCUGCACUCUCUGAAAAAAUAAAACAAUCAAACAAACCAAAAUUAUGGCACAAAUCCCUUGAACGAGAAAUUCGAGUUCAACAAUACGCCGCUAAUGAGGCCUUAUCAAUUCCUUAUAUAAGCCCUUUGUGUGCCGAAAGUUUGGGUGGAUUGCCGCCUAUGUUGUUGACGGCGGGUGAUGAAGAGAGGUUACGUGAUGAGAUUAUUUAUCUUGCAUUCAAAGCCAGUCAACCUUCAAAGUAUUUAUUGCCAAUCUAUAAUGCUGACAAAUUUGAGAUAUCACCAUUUAAAACACCUACAAAUGUCACUCUUGAAAUUUAUGAAGACUUGCCUCAUGUAUUCCAGAUAUUAGGAUGCCAUGAAUCAACUUCAUUUUCAUUUCAACGUACAGCUGAAUUCAUUCGCGAAGUUGUUGCAUCCGCUUCAGGAAAAUCUACUUCAAACCAAAUGGCUAACUCAUCAAGUUACUUUAGAAUAAACGGAAAUACGCAACUUUCUCCAUUAAAAGAAAGCGACUAUUCAGUACUUGAAUGGCAAAAUGUCGGUUGUGCUCCAACUGUUGAAAUACGUAGUAAAACUCCUAUGAAAACACCUAAUGAAGUUAAAAUACGUCCACUGGAUCUUAUUGUAUAUAUUGUAGCUAUAUUUGCUGUAAUUGGAUAUUUAUUCUAA